AUGCCUGAUCACAUCACUGGCCACACGUACAGCAGCUUCGCCUCUCCGCUGGACAGCCCUGAGCCAACCAGCAUCGUGCUACAACUGGCAGGCAUACUUCCCCUGACGGCGCUGAUCGAGUUCAUCAACGUACCCACGAAGCUCCACGUCUUUGAGCUCGCAGGCUGCGUGCCACUUUGGAACUGGCCCAUGACGCCAGCAAGGGCGCGACUGCUGCUCGCGACGCUGGACAACGCCCACGCCUGCUGCUUGGACCGCGAGGAGCGCUGCACGGCGCUGCACUGCGUCGACGGCCGCUACGGCGACUGCUACCCGAGCAGCACGCCAACGCGGCUCGCCGUAGCAUCACAAAGCACACAGGCCGUGCGCGUGGCCAACACCUGUCCCAACAUGCGCGAGCGUUCCAUCCGCCGUCAGACGCUCAACUUGGUGCUGCUAGAGCGCGCGGGGGGCGUGCCGAGCACCUCGGUACCAUUCGGCAGCCUGCGGCGCUCGAAGUCGUGGACACGCUUCCGCAGCCGCGCGCUCGCGUGCGGCGGCUGGCUAGCCCUCGCUAGCACGCUGGUACUUCGCCUGGCCUCGGGCCUGUACGUCGCGGCGGCAUACUUGCUGCUGUUGCCGCUGACGGGGCUGGCAGUGCGGGCGACGCACGGUGGCGGGGGGCGGCGGCUCGUGGAUGACGGCGUGUCGGGCCGCACCGAAUACCAGCCCCUGGUGCUAUGUACGAGCAGCUGGAACGGCACGCACUGGUGGGCCUUCAUGGGGCCCAGCCCUAUCGUCAACUCGCUGCUCAACAAACCGCUCUUCCGGACCGGCGCGUCGCCCGGCCGCACACAGCGGUUGUGGUCCGCCGUCCUACAGGUGCUCAUUGCUGGCCAGUGGGCUGUAGCGCUGUUGUCAUGCGCCCAGCAGGACUGGAAUGCCAUCGUUAUAUCCAUCUGGCUCGCUUUCUGCGCCAUCGCCAGCAGCUUCCUUAUCAAGCCUCACGAUUGCGUACGCGACUGGCUGCAUACCCUCGAGCGGCGCACGAGCUGGAUCAACCCCAUUCUAGCCCACUGUGAGGAACGAAGAGAGUGGGAGUCCGCUCUGCUUGAGUAUAUCGAAAAUGGGGUCCCUACUGAUCAAGAAGCAACGAAAAAGUACUGGUGGAAGUUCAUUACGGAAGGAGUGGAGUCACGGUACCCUGAAACGCUCGUGGCUUGAAGCUAUGGAAUUUAAGCUCGGAUGCUGGGUUGCCGAUGCUCUACUGUUGAGAAGUAAAACAGCGGUUGUUGAGAACAAAUUUAACAGGAUUAGGGAGAUGCCCACCGCUGGAGAGAGGGAGAAUCAAGUCCCUUCAAUGAGAGAAUUCACUUCUUGGUGUCAACCCGAAAACCCACCAGAGUGUCUGGAUUAACG